ACAUGUUAACUCGGCCUUAGGAUAUAGAAUCUGUCAAAAUGUCAAGCAUGUGCGUUCAAUAAUAACUAAAUAAAAAACGUAUUUAUUAUUAAAAAGUGUAACGAUUGAUAAUGGUGAUAACUGUAACAAUUGCUCGACAUUCUAAAAAUAUAUUUAGUCAAUUUCCGUUACGUAUUAUAAAACGUUAUAAUUAUAAUUCACAAGAACGUUGGAGAAGGACAAAAAUGUUAAAUGAAGCGCUACCAGUGAGCAGGAGUGAUCCGGUGAUAAUGAAAUUAGAUACACCGGAAUUUCAUUCGAUUUUAACACCCGAGGUAAAUGCGCUCACGGAUCUAUUUAAAAAGUACAAUUACGAAAUAAGAGUAGCUGGCGGUGCGGUACGUGAUAUUUUAAUGGGUAAAACUCCAACGGAUCUUGAUUUUGCGACAACUGCAACACCCCAAGAAAUGAAGGAAAUGUUUACAAAAGAAAAUAUAAGAAUGGUAAAUUCAAAUGGCGAGAAACACGGCACGAUAACACCGAGAAUUAACGAUAAGGAGAACUUUGAAGUAACAACAUUACGAGUAGAUGUUGUAACCGAUGGUCGACAUGCAGAAGUUCUUUUUACAAAAGAUUGGAAACUCGAUGCAAAUAGGCGUGAUUUAACAAUAAAUUCCAUGUUCCUUGGCUUCGAUGGUAGUGUCUACGAUUAUUUUUACGGUUACGAUGAUCUUCAGAAGAGAAAAAUUGCCUUUGUUGGAAAUGCCGCUACUCGAAUUCAAGAAGAUUAUCUACGAAUUUUGAGGUACUUUCGAUUUUACGGACGAAUUGCAGACAGUGCGGAGAAUCACGAUGAGGGAACGAUAAAUGCAAUAAAAGAGAAUACCGAUGGUCUGGAGAGAAUAUCGGGAGAGAGAAUUUGGAACGAGUGGGCAAAGAUUUUGGCAGGUAAAUUUUAUCGUGAAUUAACAAUCAAAAUGUUGGAGUGUGGCUUGACGAAAUAUAUCGGCCUACCGGCGAGUCCAAAUUUGGAGAAUUUUCUCACUGUUUCGAAACGUGCGGAAGCUGAGAAUAUUAUUUUGAAACCACCGACACUACUCGCUGCUUUAUUAAAGAACGAAGAGGAAGUGAUGGAUUUACAUUCGAGAUUGAAAUUCUCCGCAUUUGAGAGAGAUUUGGCUCUUUAUAUUGUCCAGCAUAAGGACGAUAUUUUUACCGAUAAAUCACUGAAGACCUUUCAACUCUUUCUACUCGUUAAUAAGGGGAAAAUUAACGAUAAACGUGAAUUCGUUCUCGAAUUAUUUCGCUAUAAAGGACAAUUUCAUCUUAUUGAGAAUUUCAAAAAUUGGAAGUUACCAUUAUUUCCCGUCAAUGGAACAAUGAUACAGCCUUACGUGUCGAGACCGAAAUUAAUCGGAAAAGUGAUCGCAAUAUUGCAGGAAAUAUGGGUGGAGAAUGAAUUUAAAUUAAAUCAACAAGAAUUAAUGAAGUACGUACCUGAAAUUGUCGCUGAAUUCAAAGAUGUUCGAAUAGCAAAUAAAUAAAUUUAUUUUCAAUUUGAAAA